AUGCACUCUCUUCGCUACGUGAUCAAUGCUCCAGCACCACCACGUGUGGCUCCCGAUAACUCUGAAGAGUUGUUCGUGGACAUCUGCAUCAACAUCCUUGCCCUCAUGGUCCUGGGUACAGCUGUGUCCAAGAUAUCCAGCACUUUGAUCGAGCUCCGAGCUAUGAAUGAGGUGGGAGAUCGCCAGCGCCGGGAAAUUCGGCUCUAUUUGACACGGCAAAACACCCCGUUCGAGCUCAUCACUCGGAUCAUGAAGUUCGUGGACUACCGGCUGGACAAGGUAUCGGCCAUUAGCUUCGACGAUGGGCUGAUUUCCAAGACGUUGCAGCAAGAGCUUUACAUCAGCCAGCGUGGGACCUUCCUCGAACAGAUUCCCAUAUUGUCUUUGUGCCAAGCCGUGUUCCCCGAAGUCUUUGCCGAGAUCUGCGCCAUGCUCGAAAGGCACGUCUUCGAAAGAAAGGAGAGUGUCUUUACUGCCAACUCCUGGGCCUCCCGGAUGGACAUCACCACGAGUGGAACUUACAGCUUGAUCGGGGACGGGCGGAUGCCGCAACUGGUGAAUGGCGUGAAGUGGUUUUCUGAGGCCUGCCUCUUCCUUGAAGGCCUCCUGCACGAGGGCGCUUUAAUUGCCAAGUCCUUUGGGGAGACCUUCUCAUUGGAAGGGGACAGCCUGGUCCGGAUUGAGGGCUUCUCUUUUUAUCUCAGUUUUUGUGCUGUGGAGUGUGGAGCCAUAUGUGCCAAGGAAUACGCCAAAGAUUUCCUGGCCUUCAUGCAGCAGAGCGAGGAGCCCUAUGCGCAGGAGACCCAGAUCCAAGCAGGGGAACAUGCCUGCGUGCGCAAUGUGAUUUUCCAAGAGUUGUAUCCUGACCCGCGUACGCUUUUCAUCAACAUCGACAUCUGGGAACUAUACCGGGGUGCUAGCGAUGACGAGGAUGAAGAGGAGGAGGAGAGCGAAUUAGAUCUGAGCACUUUCGAAGUCGUGGUGCUUGCUGUUAGCCAGGAGCAGAAGACGAGCUGGCUGGUGAGGCGCACUGGGGGUUCACUCUGUUCCUGGGUCUCUGCCUGCACGUGUGCGCACGCAUGCACAGACGCAGACAUGCAUGCGCCCGCACAUGCGCUCAUGCACGGUAUGCGCGUACACAUGCGUGCGCACAUGCACGCGCACAUGCACAUGCACAUGCACAUGCACAUGCACAUGCACAUGCACAUGCACACGCACACGCACACGCACACGCAUAUGCAUGCGCAAACGUGCGUGCCUGCACGUGCUUGUGUGCACAUGCAAACGCACGCGCGCGUGUGA